GUGUUGUCACACGCAUUCUUCAUCAGGGCACGGGGUGACAUCAUCACUAAUAAUGAAGGCGGCUCAUCAAUGGGCGCAGGGCUAUAAGAGGAGCUCACCCUGUGAACUGUGAACCAACUCUAAUGAACUGAUAGACUGAUGCACGAACUCCCGCAACCUCUUACUCAAUAACAGCAGAGAUUCAUAAAAUGGUUUCCACCAUCAAUCUUGGAUUUUUGGAGAAAACAGUUGUAUUUUUCUCCAUCUGUAUAUUACUCUAUUCAACAAAUGCCGAUAGCAAGCCAUUGAGCAAACGGGCUAUCAAUGAAGUCCAACUCAUGCAUAACCUCGGGGUGCACAAACAUGUUGAACUGAGGCAAGACUGGCUUCAGACGAAACUGAGGGAAAUCCACACAGCUUCAAUCAAGAACACAGACGCAGAGAGAACAUCGCUUCUUCCAGACAUUAUCCCCAAACUCAAGGAUCUAAGUCCAAAGGAAGCUGAAGAUAUCAUUGCCGUUUUGGAAAAACUUAUGAACCCAUCGUAAAAACUGAAUUUGAUCCCUAUUAAUGUGGACUAUACUCAGGGACUGAAGUCAAGCCAUCCUGUUCACCUCUUCGCCUUUAUUAUUCUAUUAACAAUAUUUAUUUUUUCUAUACACAAUCUAUUUAUAUUUUUAUGUAGUUUUCCAGUUUUUUUUUGGCGGCUAAGCCGUAUAACAUUAAAGCUCAAAGCUCUUCUAUGUAUUUAUGAGUUAUUUAAUCGUAACAGAGAUAUUAGCUUAACUGAACCCAGAAGAAAAUGUAGCUAAACGAGGACCAAAUCUUAAGAGAAAAUGUCUUUUUUUAUGACAAUAUAAAUAAAUAAAUAUAAUAAAAACAUUUAAAAAAAACCA